AUGGCAUCUGAACAAACGCAUACAUCUGAAAGUUAUCCAUCCUUAUUCUCAGGAGCAUUAUUAGGAUUUGAAGAUGAUAAUGAAUCUAUAGACAUCACUCAUGGAUUCCCAUUCCCAUAUCCAGAUCAAUAUGAAGGAGGAUCAUUUAGAUCAAGAAGUGGUGGACAAUAUCAAAAGGAUUUAUUAGAAACUUUUAAGAAAUUAGGAUAUGGAGUUGAAUUCCAAGGGUGGUUUCAAUCUACUAUUUCUGGUAAUUUUGUUACUAAUCAAUUAAUUGAAGGUUUAGCUCAACAACAAUUAGUGAAUAAGAAUACAUUUAUUUUAAUUCAUGAUAUGUCAUGUAUUGGUAAAGAAGUUGGAUUAAAAGCUUUAAGGUUAUCUAAAGAAUUUAUGAAUGUUUAUAAAGAUGGUAGAUGGAAAUCUAAAGAUUUAGAAUCAAAUAAAUUAUCAUAUUUUAAUAUUUUUGAUGAAUUAACUUUAAAAAUUCAAAAUCAAAGUUUAGUUGAUUUAUAUUUGGCUAAUUUACCACCGGUACCAACUACUGAAAAAGAACUUGAUAUCUUACAACUUUCAUCUAAUCAAAACUCAACUCCUCAGUUAUUAGAAUCAUUAUAUAGUCAAGUUGAUUCCUUUAAUUAUGAUCAAAAUAACUUUAAUUAUUAUCAAAGACAACAUCAUAAAGAAGUUUCCAAGAUUACUCAAUGGAAACAACAAAGAAAAUUAGAAAAUUUAGAAAGAGCUAAAAAGGGAGAAAAGGAAUUAGAUACAGAAGAAUGGAAAUCAAUGUUUAAAUUACCUUCUGAACCUUCAAGAUUUAACAAUUUAUUACAUAGUCAUGCUAUUGAUGUCUUAGCUGAUGAUGUUUUGAAGAAAUGUGGUGAAGAAUUAACCAAGAGUGUUGUCAUUGCUAAGAAGUUUACUGCUAAUAACUAA